AUGGCGACGCAGCGCAUCUUCAACUCGCUCCAGGAGAACGACAAAACCACUGGCCGUUUCGAGAGAAAGCCGACUUCGUUCCGCGACAAGGUCACCGCGGACGGCAGCUCCGGCUACAAGGCAGAGGCCGGCCGGUACCACCUGUACGUGUCCUACGCGUGCCCGUGGGCCUCGCGCUGUCUCGCCUUCCGUAGCCUGAAGGGUCUGCAGGACGCCAUCCCCGUCCACACCGUUGCUCCGCGCUGGGGCGUCAUCGACGAACCCACCGGCGCCAAGAGCUGGGUGUUCAGCGAUCAGGAGAUCGGUGGCCGCAAGACCAACGACGGCUUGAACAACACCAAGUCGAUGCGUGAGCUGUACGAGCUCCACGACCCGCAGUACGCCGACAGGUACACCGUGCCCGUGCUCUGGGACUCGCAGACCAAGAAGAUCGUCAACAACGAGAGCUCGGAGAUCAUCCGCAUGUUCAACACCGAAUUCAAUGCCUUCGCCAAGCACCCCGAGGUGGACCUGUACCCGGCCGAGCAGAGGGAGGAGAUCGACGCCCUCAACACGUGGAUGUACGAGACGAUCAACAACGGCGUCUACAAGUGCGGCUUCGCCACCUCGCAGGCCGCCUACGAGGAGGCCUUCCAGGUCCUCUUCGCCACGCUCGACGACGCCGAGGAGAAGCUGUCCAAGACGCGCUUCCUGGGCGGCAACAAGCCCAACGAGGCCGACAUCAGGCUGUUCGUGACUCUGGUCCGCUUCGACCCGGUCUAUGUCCAGCACUUCAAGACCAACAAGAAGCGCAUCGCCGACUACCCGAACCUGUGGGGCUACACCCGCGACGUCUACCAGUGGCCCGGCAUUGCCGAGACGGUCAACCUGGUGCAGAUCAAGGAGCACUACUUCGGCAGCCACCCGCGCAUCAACCCGCUGGGCAUCGUGCCCGCCGGCCCCGAGAUCGACUUCGCCACCCCGCACGGCCGCGACCAGCUCUUCGCCUAA